GGCUGGCGGCUGGCGGCUGGCGGCUGGCGGCGAGCGGCGCGGGAAUCAUGGCCCGGGGGCCGGCGGGCGCCGCGGCCGUGCUCGGCCCGCUGCUCUGGGGCUGCGCGCUGGCGCUGCAGGGCGGGAUGCUGUACCCGCGGGAGAGCCCGUCGCGGGAGCGCAAGGAGCUGGACGGCCUCUGGAGCUUCCGCGCCGACUUCUCCGACAACCGGCGCCAGGGCUUCGAGCAGCAGUGGUACCGCACGCCGCUGCGGGAGUCGGGCCCCACCCUGGACAUGCCAGUUCCCUCCAGCUUCAAUGACGUCGGCCAGGAUGGGCGGCUGCGUAGCUUUGUUGGCUGGGUGUGGUAUGAACGGGAGGUGACCCUGCCCCAGCGAUGGACCCAGGACCUGGGCACGAGAGUGGUGCUGAGGAUUGGCAGCGCCCACUACUACGCCAUUGUGUGGGUGAAUGGGGUCCAUGUGGCAGAGCACGAGGGGGGCCAUCUCCCCUUCGAGGCUGACGUCAGCAAGCUGGUCCAGAGUGGGCCCCUGUCCUCCUGCCGCAUUACCAUCGCCAUCAACAACACGCUCACCCCCCACACCCUGCCGCCAGGGACCAUCCUCUACCAGAAGGACACCUCCAAGUACCCCAAGGGUUACUUUGUCCAGAACACACACUUUGACUUCUUCAACUACGCGGGACUGCAUCGGCCUGUGCUCCUCUACACCACACCCACCAUCUACAUUGAUGACAUCACCAUCACCACUGGCAUGGACCAAAACACUGGGCUGGUGAAUUACAAGGUUUUUGUCCAGGGCAGUGAACAUUUCCAGCUGGAAGUGCGUCUUCUGGAUGAGGAAGGCAAAGUCGUGGCCCAGGGGACGGGGGACCAGGGCCAGCUCCAGGUGCCCAGCGCCUACCUCUGGUGGCCAUACCUGAUGCAUGAGCACCCUGCCUACCUAUACUCAUUGGAGGUGAGGCUCACUGCACAGACAGAAGCUGGGCCCGUGUCUGACUUCUACGCUCUCCCUGUGGGGAUUCGCACUGUGGCUGUCACGGAGAACCAGUUCCUUAUCAAUGGCAAACCUUUUUAUUUCCAUGGGGUCAACAAGCAUGAAGACGCUGACAUCCGAGGGAAGGGCUUUGACUGGCCACUGCUGGUGAAGGACUUCAACCUGCUUCGUUGGCUUGGUGCCAACUCCUUCCGCACCAGCCACUACCCCUAUGCAGAGGAGGUGAUGCAGCUCUGUGACCGCUAUGGGAUUGUGGUCAUUGACGAGAGUCCAGGCGUGGGCAUCGUGCUGACGCAGAGCUACAGCAACGUGUCUCUGCAGCACCACCUGGAGGUGAUGGAGGAGCUGGUGCGCAGGGACAAGAAUCACCCAGCUGUCGUGAUGUGGUCUGUGGCCAAUGAGCCUGCUUCCUACCUGAAACCUGCUGGUUACUACUUCAAGACGCUGAUCGCCCACACCAAAGACUUGGACCCUUCCCGGCCUGUGACCUUUGUGACCAACUCCAACUAUGAAGCAGACCUAGGGGUGAGACUGGGGUCUCCGCACCUCUUCUCUUCUCCUCUGCCUGUCUUCUGGUGCAGCCCUGAUGCUUGCUCAAACGCACUGCAGGGAAGAACUGCGCCAUAUGUGGAUGUCAUCUGUGUGAAUAGUUACUACUCCUGGUAUCAUGACUACGGGCAUAUGGAAGUGAUUCAGCUACAGCUGGCAACCCAGUUUGAGAAGUGGUAUAGGACUUAUCAGAAGCCAAUUAUUCAGAGCGAGUAUGGAGCAGAAACCAUUGCAGGGUUUCACCAGGACCCACCUCUGAUGUUCAGUGAAGAGUACCAGAAAGGUCUGCUGGAACAGUAUCAUUUGGUUCUAGAUCAAAAACGCAAAGAAUAUGUGGUUGGAGAGCUCAUCUGGAACUUUGCUGAUUUUAUGACUGACCAGUCACCGCAGAGAGCAAUGGGGAAUAAAAAGGGGAUCUUCACUCGUCAGAGACAACCAAAAGGUGCAGCAUUCCUUUUGCGAGAGAGAUACUGGAAACUUGCCAAUGAAACCAGGUACCACGGGUCAGCUGUGAAGUCACAGUGUGUGGGAAACAGCCCGUUUACUUUUUAAACCAAGAACUACCUCUCUACUGAAACUGGUUCUGUCAGCCCCUCCUCCCCAAGUAGGGGGCGACUUCCACAGCAAACAGAGCAGUGCUUCCUGGACUGUGCAUGGCAGACUGAAAAGUCUGGAUUUUGUAGUAAUCUGCUAGAAGGGAACAUAAGAGGUGAAAAUAAAGGCUUUUGUAGUAUGUGAAUAAAGAGUUGGCUUAAAAGUGACCAUC